GCGGUUGGGGUAACAAGGGGCGGGCCGUUCUUCCGUCACCGCCUCGGGUUUCCCUUCGCAGUGGGGGGACCCGCCUCUUCAUUGGCUGCUGUCGUUGCCAUGGCAACGAGAGGACGCGGCGCGGCCUAGAGGAGACCCGGCCGCCAUGGAGCAUCCCGAGGGAAGCCCCAGCGGCCCGGCGCCCGCCCGGGUGCCGCUGACUAAAGAACCAGCACCGCAGUCAGUGCCCGCCACCCAGCUACCCAUGAAGGUUUAUGAGGCAGCGUUGAAGACGGGACCCGAUUCCUCCAGCGGCCUAGCCACAGCCGGCUUCCGCACUGCCAAGUACCUGCCUCCGGAGUGGCACCAGAGCAACUACAACCUGUACCACAAGGCCUUCGCCAGCUGCGAGGAGUCCGAGCGCAACAGGGAUGAAGCCAAAGAGCUGUCUGAGAGCACCGCAGCUGCCACCCAGCGUGCCCAGAAGGAUUCCACGGCUGCCCUGGGCCAGCGGCUGCAGGACAUCCACUUCUGGAAGACAGAGCUUCAGAAGGAGAUUGAGGAGCUGGACGCAGAGACCAACCUGCUGGCAGCCCAGAAGCUGAGGUUGGAAAGGGCUCUCGAUGCCACCGAGGUGCCCUAUGCCAUUGCAACUGAUAAUCUGCAGUGUCGGGAGAGGAGGCAGCCCCCAGACUUGGUCUGUGAUGAGGUGGAGAGGGAGAUGCUGAAGGAAGCUGAGCUUAUCAGAAAUAUCCAGGAGCUUUUGAAAAGAACUUUGAUGCAAGCUAGUAACCAGAUGCGAUUAAAUCGGGACCACAAAGAGGUUUGUGAAAUGGACUGGUCAGACAAAGUUGAAACAUACAACAUUGAUGACAAGUGUGGAAGAUACAAGAACCAGAGCACCAACAUUCAGUUCCAUCCUAGUUCAGUGAAGUUUGAAGAGAGUGCAUCAACACCAGAGACAUGGGCCAAGUUCAGUCAUGACAACAUCUAUAGGGCAGAACGAGAAAGAUUGGCUUCAGUUAAUCUUCGCACUUUGAUUGAUAAUAUUCUUCACGAUGUAUCUGAGGACCUGAGGAUGCAAUGUGCUGCUGUUAAUGAGGCUUUUGCCAAACGUUGUUUGGAGCUGGAUGAUACAAAACACAAACUAGAGCAUCAUUUGAAAGGAACCCUUAAGGAAAUAGGAGAUCAAGAAGCUAACAUUGUUGCUCUCAAACAAGCUAUCAGAGACAAAGAAGCCCCAAUGAAAGUGGCUCAAACCAGGCUGUAUGACAGGUCUUUUAGGCCCAAUGUUGAGCUCUGCAGAGAUGCAGCACAAUUCAGGUUGAUCGGCGAAGUUGAGGAACUAACAGAAUCCAUUGAAUCUCUGAAGAAAAAACUGCGGGAAGCUGAACAGUCUCUGAGGAACUUGGAAGACACGCGGAUGAAUUUAGAAAAAGAAAUAGCUGUGAAAACAAACAGUAUUUUUAUAGAUAGGCAAAAGUGCAUGGCCCAUCGCACUCGCUACCCGACUGUUCUGAAACUAGCAGGUUACAGGUAGUAAUCUCUGUACUGGCUGUGCAAAGUC